UUUCAAAAAAAGUAAAUUUUGGCGGUGUGGCAACUCUUAAACAAUUCCAUGUGAAUGACAACGUUUACAUCAUUUAAAGAUACUGAUUUUAAUUGAUGGUUAAGUCUAAUAAGGAUCCAUGUAAGCCUUUCGCCUGUGCCAUACAAGCUUGUUUAGUAGAAAAUAACUUUCAAGAACAUAAAUGCAGUGAAGUGCUUGAGCGAAUGCGCCUGUGCUGCCUCAAGUGGCAUAAGGAGUCACUUUGUUGUAGUGGUAUCAAUUUGGAAAAGUCUUAUUUACAAAAUCCAGAAGUUGAAAUUAACCCAAAGAUUUCACGCAGUAGUAACAAAUAAUGCCAACACCAACACCCGUACCUUCAUACAAGCCGCCCAACGAUAUUCAAGAUUUUUUGAAGAGAGAGCA